AUGCGAUUGACAUCCCUAGCCGCAGUUCUCCUCCUCUCAGUUGCGCCGUUCUGCACGGCGAACGAGCCACUUAUUCCUGAGAAGCGGGCCCUCUCCGGCUGGUCCGCUGAGAGGCUUCUUCUUUUCCUCGAUAUCCGUGGGAUUGCUAUUCCAUUCGACCGCAGCGCCCUCCUCGACACAGUGAAAACACAUGCUCAUCUAGCCCCAGAGGUUACAGGUUUUGAUCCCGAGGAGCUGAAUUCAUGGAGCUGCCAGCGGCUGUACGAGUAUAUGGGUACUCUUGAGCGCAAGGACGGCGAAGAGCUUCCUGAGUGCGCAUCAGAAGAGGCAGAACAGGAAACCACUUCAAAGAGCAAGAAAGCGCUUGCAGAUAUGGCUGUAAAGGCUAUCAAUGAGCGAGUAGGGAAGGUUCAGAUAGUCGGGGAUAUCAAACCCCUCAAAGAUUGGACUACCGAAGAACUCCGCUCGUUCCUGCGAACAUACCGUCUCGAUUACCCACUCCCUCCAGCCGACGACCUCGUCUCCCUCGCCUAUGAAAACCGACAUCUCCCGAUCCUACCUCUCGCGUUCAAAGACCCAACAGAUAUAUUCCCCUACCUCACAACCGAGCAACUCAUUAAAUGGAUCAUAAAGCAAGGUCAACCCAUCGCACUAACCGACAGGAACCACCCCUCAUCCGGCCCCCUCAACGCCAUUCAACGCCAAGAAUUCUUACGAAAGAAGGCGAGAGGCAAUUACAACUGGCACUUCUCCAAAGACUACAAGUUUGAGGACAAAUUCCGAGAAGAAAUGGCCGAGAUUUUGGGAAUGGUGCAUGUUAUUGAGGGAAUGGGCGAUGGUGCUUUGGUUUUCUACAAGACCGAAGACUUUGAGCUUCUGUUCGAACAGUUUGGGUACAAAAUCCCGAAGAGGAUCUUUGAGGAAGGGCCAAGACUGAAAUUUAUUGGGAUGGCGAAAUCGAUUACCCACUUAUUUGCUACCGGAGAUCUUGUACCAAACACAGAGAUUCUUGUAGAAGAUGUACCGAGGGAUGUGCCGAAGGAUGCGCCGAAGGAUGAGUUGUAA